AUGAGCUUCGGCUCGGAGCACUACCUGGGCGCCGCCUCCUCCUACCGCAAGGUGUUCGGAGACGGCUCGCGCCUGUCCUCGCGCCUCUCCGGGGCCGGCGGCGCGGGUAGCUUCCGCUCGCAGUCGCUGUCCCGCUGCAAUGUGGCCUCCUCGCCUGCCUGCUCCUCGGCCUCGUCGCUCGGCCUGGGCCUGGCCUACCGCCGGUCUCCGGCGUCCGAGGGGCUGGACCUGAGUCAGGCGGCGGCGCGCACCAACGAGUACAAGAUCAUCCGCACUAACGAGAAGGAGCAGCUUCAGGGCCUCAACGACCGCUUCGCCAUGUUCAUAGAGAAGGUGCACCAGCUGGAGACGCAGAACCGCGCGCUCGAGGCCGAGCUGGCCGCGCUGCGGCAUCGCCACGCCGAGCCGUCGCGCCUCGGCGAACUCUUCCAGCGCGAGCUGCGCGAGCUGCGCGCGCAGCUGGAGGAGGCGAGCUCGGCGCGCGCUCAGGCCCUGCUGGAGCGCGACGGGCUGGCGGAGGAGGUGCAGCGGCUACGGGCACGCUGCGAGGAGGAGAGCCGAGGGCGCGAAGGGGCCGAGCGCGCCCUGAAGGCGCAGCAGCGCGACGUGGACGGCGCCACGCUGGCCCGCCUGGAUCUGGAGAAGAAGGUGGAGUCGCUGCUGGACGAGCUGGCCUUCGUGCGCCAGGUGCACGACGAGGAGGUGGCCGAGCUACUGGCCACGCUGCAGGCGUCGUCGCAGGCCGCGGCCGAGGUGGACGUGGCUGUGGCUAAACCAGACCUGAGUUCGGCGCUGAGGGAGAUCCGCGCCCAGUAUGAGUCCCUGGCCGCCAAGAACCUGCAGUCAGCUGAGGAGUGGUACAAGUCCAAGUUUGCCAACCUGAACGAGCAGGCGGCGCGCAGCACCGAGGCCAUCCGGGCCAGCCGCGAGGAGAUUCACGAGUACCGGCGCCAACUGCAGGCACGCACUAUCGAGAUCGAGGGGCUGCGCGGGGCCAACGAGUCCUUGGAGAGGCAGAUCCUGGAGCUGGAGGAGCGUCACAGUGCCGAGGUGGCCAGCUACCAGGAUAACAUUGGGCAGCUGGAGAAUGAUCUGAGGAACACCAAGAGUGAGAUGGCGCGCCACCUUCGGGAAUACCAGGACUUGCUCAAUGUCAAAAUGGCUCUUGACAUUGAGAUAGCAGCUUACAGGAAACUGCUGGAAGGCGAAGAGACGCGUUUUAGCACCAGUGGAUUAAGCAUUUCAGGGCUGAAUCCACUUCCCAAUCCAAGUUAUCUGCUCCCUCCUAGAAUCCUCAGUUCUACCACCUCCAAAGUCUCAUCCAGUGGGCUGUCUCUUAAGAAAGAGGAGGAGGAAGAGGAGGCUUCUAAGGUAGCCAUGAAGAAAACCUCCCAGAUAGGGGAAAGUUUUGAAGAAAUAUUGGAGGAGACAGUGAUAUCUGCUAAGAAAACCGAGAAAUCAAAUAUAGAAGAAAACACCAUUUCAAGCCAAAAAAUAUAA